AUGACAGCAGGGGUGUUCGCUACCGAAGGAAGUAGUAGUAGAAAUGAUAUAGAGCUAUCAGCAAAUGCAUCUGUAGAAGGAUCUUUAACGGCGGCCGUCGUCAUAAUCUGCAUUGUUGCGGCUUCAGCUGGGUUGAUAUUUGGCUAUGAUAUUGGCAUUUCCGGAGGAGUAACGACAAUGGAGCCAUUUCUGAAGAAAUUCUUCCCGUCUGUUCUGCAGAAGAUGGCGCAUUCGAAGCCGAAUCAAUACUGCAUAUUCGACAGCCAAGCUCUGACAGCAUUUACUUCCUCAUUGUAUGUAUCUGGGUUGCUCUCAUCCCUCGUUGCCGGCCGAGUUACCACCACUACAGGCCGGAGGGGCAUUUUGCUCAUCGGCGGCCUCGUCUUCUUGGCCGGCACAGCGCUUAACGCCGCUGCUAUGAACAUCGAAAUGCUCAUUUUGGGCCGCCUCCUUCUCGGAGUUGGCAUUGGUUUCACAAAUCAGGCAGCACCAAUAUACCUUUCAGAAAUGGCCCCACCAAAAUGGCGCGGUGCGUUAAACUCAGGCUUCCAAUUAUUCAUCGGCGUUGGGGUAGUAUUAGCCACAAUCGUCAACUUCUUCGCGGCUCAAGCCGGAGAAUCCGGCUGGCGAAUCGCCCUUGGCUGCGGCGCCCUGCCAGCUGCCAUGAUGACGCUUGGCACGCUAUUCAUCCCUGACACGCCAAGUAGUCUCAUCCAACGGGGCCGAGUGCAGGAAGCCCGACAGUCGUUGAGCCAAGUCCGCAGCUGUGAUUCAGACACUGAAGCCGAGCUGAAUGAGCUCAUCAGCCACAACAUAGCCUCGAAAACCGCUGGGAACGAGCCCUACAAGGCCAUAUUUGAAAGGCGGUACCGGCCGCACCUGGUGCUGACGGUGGCAAUCCCGUCUUUUCAACAGCUAACGGGGAUCAACAUCGUGGCGUUCUAUGCUCCCGUUCUGUUCCGCUCCAUUGGGUUCGGCAGCGACAAGGCUUUGCUCGGAGCCAUCAUUCUCGGCGUCGUGAAUCUUUCUUCUACGCUCGUCUCUACUUUUGCCGUCGACCGGUUUGGGCGCAGAUUCUUGUUUUUGGAAGCUGGGGCCCAGAUGUUUAUUUGCCAGGUAGCGUUGGCAUGGAUAUUGGCGUCGGAGCUAGGGAUGGCAGGGACCAACACAUUUUCAAAGGGCUCAGCGAUUGGGGUACUGGUCCUAAUGUGUAGCAUCUCCGCCGCAUUUGGGUGGUCAUGGGGGCCGCUAACGUGGCUGGUGCCGACGGAAAUAUUGCCAAUGGAAGUCCGGCCGGUGGGGCAAGGGAUAUCCAUUGCCUGCAACUUUGUAUUGACCUUCAUUCUGGCUCAGGUGUUCUUGGCCAUCUUAUGUCGGAUGAAAUAUGGCGUCUUCUUAUUCUACGCUGGAUGGGUCCUCAUCAUGAGCAUUUUCGUGGCGCUCUUCGUACCAGAGACCAAGGGGCUUCGCUUGGAGACCAUGGAUGCCAUUUGGAAAAAUCAUUGGUUUUGGCAUCGAUUCGUUCCAACUGAGAAGAUCCACCGAUGAAGUUCCUUUUUUAUAAUCCACACACAAAUUCAUUUGCUUCAUUACACUAUUCUACUUAUAGGAAACCCACGGACCCAAC